CAAAUCUUGGCGUGUCGACCGGAGAAGCGGCCAGUCGGGGGCAGUAAAGAGCGGUCAAUGCCUAUUAGCAGCUUUAACAGAAGAAGAGGAAUGUCCUCUGUGUAGAGAUUUCAAAUAUGGGCUCAAGAGUAACACGCCUGAUCCGAAACUUUAAUCUAGAGAACCGCGCUCACCGAGAAAUAAGCAAGACAAAACCUAAAGCAGCACCUCGACAUCCAGCAUCCAGCAGUAGUCUACAAGAAGACAUCGCGGAGAUUCACCAGAAGAACGAUCCACUGCUGUCGAUGCUCAAGGAUGUUUAUGUGGAGUCUAAAGAUCCAGAUCCUCAGGCUGAAGCAGUUCCCGAGGUUAAGAAGGUCGAGGAGGAGAUGCAGCGCAGGGCGCUGAAGUACAGUCUACCGGGCGAGCCCUAUGGUUUCUGUGAUGUCACUGAUGUUCCCAAAGGCAAACUGUCACUUGUGGAAGCUUUAACUGCCCUGAACAAUCACAAACGCCUGCCUAAAACAUGGACUCCAGAGAAGCUGGCACAGGAGUACUCUCUGGACCCAAAAGAUGCCAAAGCACUGACAGAAUUCUUUUUCCCCUUUGACAUCAAAAUCAUUCCACCAAAAGCAGAGGAGACUAAACAGAUUAAGGAUUCUUAGCACAUAUGAGCCACUGUCGCAUACAGACUCGAGCCGUCUCUGAAACACGCACAGAAUCUAACUAUCUAUACAUGUUUUGACAUGUUGCUUGUAGUGUGUUUGUAUUGUUUGUUUUUGAAAUAAAGUCAUAAUUAUUUAUUAA